AUUUCUUGCACCCGUUUUUAGCUGACACGAGUCACACAAAGACUUCUUCGUCGUCUUACAAAACGAAAUGAAAACCUCUAUACUUCCGUGGGACUUUCCCUUAUUUUCAAAAGUACAAAAAGCUAUUGUCAGCAAUUCUUGCACCAUUUUACGCUGACACGAAUCACACAAAGACGACGUUUGUUAUUUCACCUUGUGCGGCUUGAUUGUUAAUAAGUAAUAUCCUUAUAGUUAUCGCAAAAUAGAAUGAUUACUGUUUUUACUGGCAAAAUUCUGAGAAUGGAAGUUGGUAAAACUGUUUGGUGACGUCACUUCCUUUCAUAAAUGAGAUCUGUUGAUAAUUUAUUAUUUUCCACACGCUUGUGCUAAGCGUUAACGGUAUUCAUAAACACCCAUGACACAAAAGAAAAGAAAACCAUGUAGAAACAUGGCUUUCCUUUUGAAGUUGUAAUUAAAAGCGAUUUGAACUGAAAGAAGCAAAUGGUUGUUAAAGAAAGUGUUAUGAAACUGUUGAGUUAGGGAGGCAAAAAUAAAAAAUAAAAACGCUUUCAGAAUAUCAGUUGCCAGGUGUUUGGGUUGGUUAAUUGUUGAAGGAUAUCAAUUGCAUCAGAUUGCAUAAAUUUAACAUGACUGGGCAGUUUUCACUUUCUCUAUAACUGAGAGAAAACUAUUGCUGUCUGCUUACUGUUGUCUCAAAUCGUACUUCCGAUUGUGUGAGUAAGACCCAGAAAGAGAUCUGAGAGAAGCAAACUGCGAUGCCUGUUGAAGAAAUCUGGCAAACGAAACUUCCAACUCUCGUUGAUAGAACCACUUCUAUUUUUAACGAUGAGUUACUGAGCGAUGUGAAAUUUGUCGUUCCAGAAUCGCCUGGUGAAAGCAAAAGUAAAAAGGUGAUCCCAGCUCACAAGUUUGUUCUUGCAAUCAGUAGUCCUGUGUUCUUUGCCAUGUUCCAUGGUCAAAUGGCGGAGACUAAAGACUCUAUUGAACUGCCCGACUGUGAGUACGAGAGUCUAUUGGAGCUGUUCCGUUUCUUGUACAGCGACAAAGUCAAUUUAAGCGGGAAUAAUGUGAUGCAAGUGUUGUACUUGGCGAAUAAAUACAUGGUGCCUUCACUCGCUGAGAAAUGUUCAGAAUAUCUUUGCGACAACUUGACGGCAUGCAACGUGUUUUGUAUCCUAACGCAUGCUCAGAAAUUUUGCAAUCAAUCUUUAGAAGAUCGAUGCUGGGAAGUAAUUGAGCGGCAUACAAACGAAGCUCUUACGUCAGACGAAUUUGUUACAGUUGAGCGAUCUGUAGUUGAAUCUGUUGUGAAGAAGGAAGUGUUAAAUGUGAAGGAGGUGGAACUGUUCAAGGCUGUUGAUCGCUGGGCUACAAAAGAGUGUGAAAAGAAAAGUCCGAUGGCCCUCUCUAAUGGAGAACAAAAGAGACAAAUUCUUGGAGAUGAGAUCGUUAAAGCAAUACGGUUUCCACUGAUGUCAGAGAAGAUAUUUAUGUCUGUUGUGCUUGAUUCUCAAAUCCUUACUCUUUCUGAGGUUGAAUACAUGAUCAAACAUUACAGUGGGGAUCUUCAGUUACCUUUGCCCUUUAUGGAAAGCGCUAGGGGUAAAACUGAUCAUUUCCGAUGUAACCGAUUUCAAAAGUUCAAUGCUCCGUGCAGUGGAGGCGGUGGUGGGUAUUACAGUGUUACAGCCACAACCGCCGGUGGUUCUUGGUCUUACAAUGGUGCGACGGCUGACAGCAUCAAUUUUACGGUCAACAAGCCAAUCACCUUACACGGAAUUCAGCACUUUGGUUCUAAAGGUGGUGAUUACAUUGUUUCCACUAAUAUUAAAGAUACCACCCGCGACUCUUGUCUUGGAAAAGAAUCAGGAACUUACACCGCAGAAAAGGAAGUUAAAAACAAUUAUUAUGGCUUUGAUGUAUUGUUUGACCGUCCAAUUUCGUUGGAAGCAAACAAACAAUACACUUUAGUAUCUGCUAUCGAGGGUCCUUUGUCAUGGUAUGGAGCGGAAGGACAAAUGUCCGCUGAAUCAGGAGGGGUACAAUUCAGUUUCAGUGACUCAGACGAUGAUUCUAAUGGCACCUUAGUAACAAUCGGCCAGUUUCCAGUCUUCAUCUUCAGCUAAUUUCUGAGCACACUACUAAGUAGUUUCUCUUUUUAUUUUUUUAGUUUCAAUGAGUUCUUUCAUGUCAAAAGGGUUUGAAGACACGUUUUUUACGGUUAAAAGUAGUCGAAAGAAAGUCAUAGGCAAUCAUCACCUUGAAAUUAAAAACUAAA